AUGAAACUUUUGUGUGUUUGUGAGCAGCUUCCCAUUGAAGAUUUAUGCAGCCUGACAUCCCAGUCAUUGACUGUUGCACUGACAGCUGCAGUGCCAGAAUCCACAGAAGAUGUUCUCCUGAAAGGAUUUGCCAUGCUGGGGAUGGAGAAUGAAAGAAUUGAAACAGCACAGCAGUUCUUCUCCUGGUUUGCUCAGCUGCAGACACAGAUGGAUCAAGAUGAAGGUGCCAAGUAUAGGCAGAUGAGGGAUUACUUGUCCGGCUUUCAGGAGCAGUGUGAUGCUAUACUGAAUGAUGUGAAUAGUGCCCUUCAGCAUCUGGAAUCACUGCAAAAACAGUAUCUCUUUGUGUCCACGAAGACAGGAACGCUGCAUGAGGCGUGUGAACAGCUUUUGAAAGAGCAGUCAGAACUUGUUGACUUGGCUGAAAACAUCCAGCAGAAGCUGUCGUAUUUCAAUGAGCUGGAGAACAUCAACACAAAACUGAACUCCCCUACCUUGUCUGUGAACAGUGAAGGAUUCAUUCCCAUGCUGGCUAAGCUUGAUGAUUGUAUUGCAUAUAUUUCAUCGCAUCCAAAUUUUAAAGACUAUCCUGUAUAUUUGACUAAAUUUAAACAAUGCCUUCUGAAAGCUAUGCACCUUAUCAAGACAUACACUGUGAACACACUGCAAAACCUCACAAGCCAGUUAAUGAAAAGGGAUCCUUCAGCAGUGCCAAAUUCUGACAAUGCCUUCACGUUGUUUUAUGUAAAAUUCAGAGCAGCUGCUCCCAAAGUCAGAGCUCUUAUUGAGCAAGUAGAGCAAAGAUCUGAAAAGAUGCCAGAGUAUCAACAAGUUCUCAAUGAAAUCCAUCAGUGUUACCUUGACCAGAGGGAACUUUUGCUUGGUCCAAGUAUCUCCAGCACUGUUACAGAGUUAACCAGUCAGAACAACAGAGACCAUUGUGCUCUGGUGCGAAGUGGUUGUGCCUUCAUGGUCCACGUAUGCCAGGAUGAGCAUCAGCUUUACAAUGAGUUCUUCACGAAACCGACACCAAAACUGGAUGAACUCUUGGAGAAGCUGUGUCUUUCAUUAUAUGAUGUCCUGCGGCCAAUGAUCAUCCAUGUUAUUCACUUGGAGACUCUGUCUGAACUCUGUGGGAUCCUCAAAAAUGAGAUGCUUGAAGAUCAUGUACAGAACAAUGCUGAACAACUAGGUGCAUUUGCUGCCGGCGUCAAGCAGAUGUUAGAAGAUGUACAAGAACGUCUUGUCUACAGGACACAUAUUUACAUUCAGACUGAUAUCAUAGGCUACAAACCUGCUCCAGGAGAUCUUGCAUAUCCUGACAAGUUGGAAAUGAUGGAGCAAAUUGCACAGAGCUUAAAAGAGGAACAGAAGAAGCUGCCAUCUGAAGCUUCAUUUUCAGAUGUCCGGCUAGAAGAUCCCGAGUCCUGCAAUUUAGUUAAAUCUGGUUCAGCGGAAUCCCUUAAUCCCAGACAGCAGUCCACCAUCUCACCAGCAGAUCUGCACGGCAUGUGGUACCCUACUGUCAGAAGGACCCUUGUGUGUCUCUCCAAACUGUACAGAUGUAUAGACAGGGCAGUGUUUCAGGGAUUAUCACAAGAAGCCUUAUCUGCCUGUGUCCAUUCACUGCUUGGAGCUGCUGAUUCUAUCAGCAAAAACAAGACCCAGGUUGAUGGACAGCUUUUCUUAAUAAAACACCUUUUGAUUCUUCGUGAACAAAUUGCUCCUUUCCACACUGAUUUCACCAUUAAGGAAAUUUCCCUGGACCUUAAGAAAACUAGAGGUACUGAGCAGUUGCUGGCCACAGAAUGGGAUGAGAUCAUCCUCCAUUCCUGUGCUAGCAGAAGUUCUGGGUUUAUUUUAUGUUCACCUGCAAUGACCUGUAUGCUUGUUCUAAUCUCUUGUGCUUUGUUCUUAUUUUCUCUGGAAAGAAAGCCAACAAACUGACCAGCCAACAAACUACAUUCUUUGAUUAAGGGCAAUUUGUGAUGUAUCUAACAAAUUCUUUAUUUUUGUGUGGAAUGCAUUCAACUGCUCAUUGCUGCUAACCUAACUUACUUAUCCACUCCCUUUUAAAAAUGUCAAAGUAAUCUAUGCUUCUGUUGCUCAGAAAUGUUUUUACCCUUUUCUGAUCUUUUCAGUGAGAAUGUUUUGUUACUUCAGUUUAGCAGGUCAGUUUUAAAAAAAAAAACAUAGUUGACUUGCCUACAACAAAUUAAGUUUUCCUGGACUUUUCUGUGAGGUUUCAUUUAGGAAAGAACUCGUGUUGCAUGUCCUGUAAGCAGUAUUGGUUUUAUGUAGCAGUCAUGUCUGCUGUAGGAAAAAUAGAGAGUAAUGGCCAUAGUCAUGGUUUUUAAAGUUGUACUGGGGUUCCUUAGUAAAAGGCAGAAAAAAAACCUUUAAAUAUAGCAAGGAAUACUUGUGGACUACAAGAGUAAUGGGGAAGCAUUACAUGGGAAGUUUGGAGAAGAGAAGGCUCUGAGCAGACCUCAUUGUGGUCUGCCAAUACUUGAAGGGAGCAUAGGAAAGGAGGG